AUGAUGAACGUUCCGGGGCUCGCGAGAAACGGGGAAAAACGCGCCGCGACGCCCCCGCGUCGCGUAAAAAACCGUCGCGUGGCGGAAUCGCUGCGGAAGUCGGCGUCGAAGAUGAAACCGACGGAGACGACGUCCACGGACCUCGGACUCCCGGUGCGGCCCGCCCUCCCCCAAGAACUCGCGGUUUUCGCGGACAGACGGCCCGCCACCCAAAUGUCGAGACGCUUGGAGAAACGUAUCCGGGCGGUGGUCAGUGGCGGCGUUUCGGGGCGGACGAAGUGCCGCAUAGUAGACGAAAUGAUGCGAGAAGUGAAGGCGGAAUACGUGGCGGUGACGCACGCGGCCGCCGCGACGGUGAAAGACGCCACGCGUCACCGCGCGGGCGUCGCCCCAUUCAAAUAUCUCGGUAGGACGGAAAAAUACCAAAGGUUCGUCACCGUCAGGCGACAGUUCGAGAUCCGCUGGACGCUGCACCGUCGACCGAUCAGGCACCUGCUGCGCGCAUGCGCGGACGAGUUGCCGCGCGAGCUUUUCGCUUUCGACGGCGACAGCGGCGUCGCGGACCUGGAUCACUUGGCACGCCACUGGCUCGACGAGAAUGUCGGGAAGGCGGCGUCUCAGCUUCGGGAUUUCCGCAUUCGAGCUUCCACGCUGCCUGACAACUACUCCGCGGUCUGUGCCGGUUUGGCCUCCGUGCACGUAGGCGACUGCCUACAGCGCACGAUGUUCCGCAUAAUGAAUUUUACCGAGCGCACGGUACCGUACUUGAAACUCCACGCCUACUUCGACGCCGGCGCCUUAGUACUCAAACCUCGAGCCUGUGACGUCAUCGACGUCUUUUGGCGGUGUUUGGACGCGUUGAUGGCGAUCGGAGGCGGCGGUGACCUGUACUUGGCGCCCCCAUCGGUUCGCGGAAGAACUAAAGGCAUGUUCCUCUGUCUGACGGACGAAUUCGUCGGCAGUUGCAAGACGGCGAUCGCUGGCAACGUCGAGGAGUCAUUUCGGCCUGUCUGGCGGUACCUGGACGAUUUGGGGGCGGAAUUCGCCGAUAUCUACGCGGACGUUACUUCGGAAUUAGGUCCCGACGUUUCGUUCGACGACGGCUGUCGUCUGAUCGAGCGUUACAAACGGCACCUACAGCAAGUGGCUCGUAUACCGGACAACGAGUACUUUCAAAUAGGUCAGCUCGUUUUGUCGCAUUAUCGCGACGCCCUUCGCGAUCGGUUAACCGCCAUUGACGAUGACAUUUUUCGAAUAAUCUGCGCGGAACAUCUGCGCGAGGUGAACGAUAUAUGCGACAGCUUCGAACUGAUCCGGACUAUGGCCAAACGGAAGCCUACCACUACCGACGAGCUUAUUGAGAUUGGUAACUUCAUGGCGAACGUGAAGGAUCAUCAGCUGGACGAGUUGGUUCGCAGAGUGCACGCUUCGACAUCGUCUCUAUCAAAAAUAAUCGUUUUGGGAUCUCUAACUGAGCGGCACGUCGCUCUCAACGCCGGGGCCAUUAAAUGGCUAGAACAAAUCCCGCCGAUUAUCGAGCGGCACACCGUCGAUUUCGAGCAGCUGAAAUUCGAGGCCGAAGAAAAACUGCAAAAGGUGAUCGAGGACGUGAACGCGAUGGUCCACGAGGUCCACCCGUUGCUGGUCGUUUUGGACGAGAUGGACGACGUCAGAAGGGCCAAGCACUACCUGAACGAUAUCACGUUGCACAUGGAAAAGAUCAAGGGAAUUCAAAAUCAAAUCGAGUGGAUCAACAAGGAGGAGUUGUGCCUGAGCUUUCCGAAGUCGUCGUAUCAGGAAUUCGAACAUUUGAAGGGUUACGUUUACCCGUUCUAUCGCCUGAUCAAACUGUGCCUGGACGUUCAGAGACGCGUCUCAGUUUGGGAGCACGGCCAGUUCGACUCGCUCAGCUACGAAACGACCGACGCUACGGUGACCAAGUACUGUCGCGAGCUGAGCGACGCUCAGAAGAGCUACCGGAAACGUCUCAGACAAGCUCAAGACGAGAAUCUACCCAUAAGGUUCAAGGGCACCGUCGACGAUCCCGACCUGCUCAAUUGGCCCGCCCCCCUCAAACUCUGCGCGACCGCCGUCAGGAUCCUCGACGAUUUCAAGCCGUGCCUGCGCGUGAUGAAGAUCAUGUGCAACCCGGCGCUGCGCGCGCGCCACUGGCGCACCAUGUCCGAAUUGGCCGGCGGCCUUGACCUCACCCCUAACGCGGGCACCACGCUGAGGAAGCUCAUGGAAAUCGACCUGCGCGUCGACAUCGCCGAAUACGAGCUCGUCAGCGUCGGCGCGACCAAGGAGCUCGAACUGCUCGAGCGUUUGAAUUCGCUCAAAGCCCAGUGGCGGAGCAUCCGUUUCGACGUCGUCGACGCGGAAGGCGCGACGAUCCUCGACCGUUUAGAGACCGUGGAGGUCGCGAUCGAAGACCACCUGGUGGGCGUGGGCGCGAUGCGCUGCUCCGCCUUCGUCCAGGCCCACGACGAAGAGGUCCUCGAGUUUCAAGCGUUCCUCGCGAAAACAAGCCGCGCGGUGACGCGCUGGCGCGUCGCGCAGCGCCUGUGGCUCGAGCUCCGCCCCCUUUUUACUAUCGAAGACCUGCGGCGACGCACAGACAGCAUUCACUCGGCGAAGACCUCGUUCUUGCUCGCGGACGACAUCAUCGCGCGCUAUAUGCGACUGAUAUCGGACGACCCGAUCGUCCGAAACGUCGUGCGCGCGACGGACUUGGCGACGGACGUGGAGGAGUGCGCGCGCCUCCUCGAAGACGCUUCCCGAGGCGUGGGCACCUUCCUCGAGGAGGUGCGACUGAAAUGUCCCCGACUUUACUUCGUAUCGGAUCCCGAGCUGAUCGCGUUGCUUGGCAAACGUCGCAACGCGAACGAGACGCUGCCCAGAAUCUUUCCCGGCGUCUCCAGCGUCGACCCGGUGGACGAACGCACCGUCGAGGUGUUCGGCGUCGCUCGUCUAGAGAGGAUGGUGGUCGAGUGCUGCGCGGAGGUCGGCUUCGACGAGUUGACGAAGACGUUGGAGGAGAGACUAGUUUCCUCUUUGAAAUCGAAGACGGACAAGUGCUACAGGGUGUUCGGGAAGAGCGGCGUCGGGGAGCUGGUGCGGGAAUACCCGCAGCAGGUGCUGCAAGUACUGAGCCGCGUCGCGUGGACUCGAGACGUGGCUGCCGGUUUGGGCUCGUCCCGCAACGUCAGGCUGCUGCUGCUGAGGAAGAAGAUCGCUGAAGCCAUCGACGUGAAGGUGUCGCUGCUCGACGCGAGCGACGUCAGCGCGGCCGAAAAGUGCUCGAUCCGCAACUGGAUCCUGACAGACAUCGACAAUCGCAACUCGCUGGACGCCAUCUUGGCCGAGGGCAUGCCCGACGGGCGCAGCUUUCGUUGGCUGACGCAGAUGCGCUAUACGUUCGAGAAUUCUGCCUGCAGAAUCACCGUGCUGAAGCACACGCUCGAUUAUGGCUACGAGUACCUGGGAGACGGCUCACUUUCCGUCACCACGCCUACCACCUACAAAUGCCACUUGGCUCUCCUCAACGCUUACUUUUUCAACUACCACGGCGCGGUGAGAGGCGUUAGCGGCACGGGCAAGUUGGAGAUCGUCUCCGGCUUGGCCCGGGCCCUGGGCUUCCUCUUCUACCGUUUCGGCUGCUCCCACGCGACCACACCCCGAGUUCUGAUGCAGUUAGCGAAAGGUGGCGCCCUCUGCGGCUGUUGGCUGUACCUCGCGCGCAUCGAUUCGCUCACCCAGCGCACUCUGUCGGUGAUCUCGCAGGCGCUGGUGUCCAUCGUCGACGCGCGUAGGCGGGGACGCGCGGAGGUCGACGUGGGCGGGGCCAGGGUCGCCCUAAAGUCCACCGGUUUUAUUUGCGCCGCGACGGACGACGUCGCGGCGCUCCGAAAGCUCCCCGACAAUUUAAAGGCCGCUUUCAGGACUUACACGGUGUCCAGGCCCGACCUGAGGGUGGUGGCCGAGGCGAUGCUGCUGAGCGAGGGCUUCGAACGGUGGCAAACUUCGGCUUCGAAACUCGCGAAUUGUUUCUCUAUCUUAGAGGACGUGGUGCCGUCUCUUCGCCGUUACUCCCUGAGGACGCUGGCGUCGAUAGUGAAGCGGUGCGCGGAAGCGAAACACUUGGAACCGGCGUCCAACGAAUUGGAGAUCUUGCGCGGUUCCAUCGAAGAAGCGUUGGGAGCGGGCGUCGCUCCGGAGGACCGUCGUCGCUUCGACGACGUCGUCGACGGCCUCUUCCCCGACGUGGUCGCGUCCGGACGCCCGGCCGACGUCUCCGUCGCGUGCUCCGAGCUGGGAUUCAGCGCCGGUGAAGUUUUCGUCGACAGAGUUCGCCGGACUUUGGACGCCGUCCGGACAGCUCCGGGAGUCGUGCUCGUCGGCGACGCUUUCGUAGGGAAAACUUCAGCCCUUAAAGUUUGCGAGCGGUUGAUUGGGACGGAAAUCGGAGCGGAAAUAAACGUGAAGGUGCUGAACCCCAGUUGUUUCGACUGCUCGGAGAUAUUCGGAACGGACGACUUUCUCGCCGGUCGAAGGUCCACGUGGAUCGUCUUGGACGAGCUCGGGAGUGCAGGGUGGGUCGACGCUGUGACGGAUUGCUUGGGCAGCAGGAGCGUGGACGACCGCGUCAGGUUUAUAUUCGAAGGAGGAGAUUUGAAGGACGCGUCGCCCUCUCUGGUAUCCCACUGCAGAAUCAUCUACUUCCCUCCAACGACAAUCGAACCCCUUUGCCUGAUCAACUCCUGGAUAAACUCAACGAAAUUCGACUGGUUCGUCGACUUCCAACAGCACGUUUCCCCGCUCCUCCGUUGGUUCCUGCCGGCUUGCCUGGCCCUUACGAAAGACUCCGUCUCGAUCCCCUACGGACUUAACCCCAAUUGCUUGGUCAAAUCCGCUCUGGGCCUGUUCGAAAUGCUCUUGGAAGACGCGUUUUCGAAAACCAACAAAAAAGACGAGGACCCGAAAAACGUGGCGGCUUGGAUCCACGCCGCCCUUCUCCAAUCCGGUCUGUGGAGUUUCGGAGGCUGCCUAAACACCGACGAUCGUUUAAAGUUCGACGAUUCGUUCAAACGUUUGUGCCGCGGUCACGACGAUUCUCGCCCGUAUCCGAGUACCGUCGAACGUCUGGAAGUGACCGUGCCUCACGAGGCGACCCUUUUCGACUACGCCUACGUCUACAGGCAGCGUGGCGCGUGGAAACUGUGGUCCGAUUUGCUGAAAAACGAGAAAAUCUCCGCGCCGCUAUACGACGAAGACGACGUCUUCGCGCCGACGGUCGACGCCGUCCGCUGCGGCCACUUCCUCGACCUCCACGUCAAAUACGGGAAACGGUUCCUUAUCGUCGGCCCCCCGGGAACCGGCAAAUCCGCCAUUUUGAGGAACCGCUUCAACGCGGAAUCGCCGCCGGCCGAUUCCAAAGCCCUAAUCAACUUCGGACGCGACCUCGUAUCGGCCCGCCUCCGGCACCUGGUGCUCUCCAAGCUGAACAAGACCGCUGCCGGGUCGUGGGCUCCGCCCGCCUCCAAACGUUUGAUCUUCUUCGUGGACGACUUGCACAUGGCGCGAGACCCGUCACCCAUCGAGCUGCUGAGGUCGCACUUCGACCGGAACACUCUGAAGACGAUCCGCCUCGAGGGUUGCAACUUCAUCUGCACGUCCGGCCCGCCGAGCUCCGCCCGGAUGUCGCGAUUGCUGAGCCACUUGGACGUCUUCUGCGUCGACGAGUCCAGCUCGGACGUGAUCGUCAAGAUCUACGCGCAGACGUUGCUUUACGCGUGGAAAAAGUCCGGGUUCCCGAGCGACGUAGUCGUCGUCGCCGCGAACCAAAUCGCCCGAGCCACCCUGCGACUCUACCGAGCGGCAAGCGCGCGCUUGACGCCCACCCCGAGCAGGUGCCACUACGCGUUCGACCUGGCCAGCUUCUCCGAAGCUGUCAAAGGUUGCGCCCGUUUGAAACGCGAGGCCUACGACGCGAACAAGCAGAUCUACGCGAAGGUGUGGUCGGGCGAGUGUCUGCGCGUCUUCGGCGACAGACUCUACGGUCCCGACUACGAUUGGCUACGCGCCGAAAUGAAAAGCGUCGCCGCCGAAUGCUUCCCCGACAACUGCGACGGCGACGACGCUCACCCCAAAGGCAUCGAAGAGGCGGAAUUGUGCGCCCAAUACAACGCGCGUCACAAGAGGAAACUGAACUUGGUGUUCUUCGACUACGCGCUGAAGAAGUUCGCCAUCCUCGGCCGUAUCUUGUCGGUGCCGGGGGCGAACGCCCUCCUCCUCGGUGCCGCCGGCUCCGGCCGCAGGACGCUCGCCAAGUUGGCUUGUUUCGCGCACGCGCACGACUACCGCGAACCGACGGUGACGACGUCGUACGACGAGACCUCGUGGAGCCGCGAACUGAAGGACGCGCUGCGAGAGUGCGGCGCCACGGACCGGAAACGCGCCAUCGUGGCGUCUGAGGUGCACGUGCCUACCCUGGCUUUCUUCGAGAUCGUCGACUACGUCUUGCGGGGUUGUCAACUCGUCGACCUGUACGACGCGGACGAGCGCCAGAAGAUACUCGAGGUCACGAGAAUCGCCGCCCAGGGGGGCAACAAGAACGUCGACGUCAGCGCCGAGCGGGUGUUUGGUUUCUUCAACGCGCGAUGCAAACGGAACUUCCACCUGCUGCUUUGCCUGAAUCCCGCCGGCGAGUACCUACGGAAGGUGGCGUCGGUGUACCCUUCGGUGGUGACGCGUUCGAACGUGGUUUAUUGGGACAGGUGGCCGGAUAGCGCCCUACUGGCCGUCGCCGAAGCCUGGACCGAUCACCUGGACCUAGACGAAGACGUCAGACGUCGCGCCGCCGCCGCUAGCGUCCAUUUUCACCGCUCUCUCGAUUCCGUCAGCUCGAAACCGUACGUCCACCUCGUCGAACUUUUCUCGAAGCUCACGGUCGAAGAACAGCGCCGCCUAUCUUCGAAGAAGAAGCGAUACGACCGAGGUCUCGCCAAGCUGUCUAGCGCAUCCGCCCAAAUCGUCGACAUGCGACGUGCGUUGACCGAAUACCGACCCCAGCUGGAGGAAAUGACGCGAAACGCCACGCGGAUGACCGAGCAGAUCGCCUCGGAGACGAUCGAGGCAGAAAAAGCGUCGGAGUUGGUGCGAAAAGACGAGGCCGUCGCCGGUAAACAGGCGGCCGUCGCGCAAACUCUUAAGUCUGAAUGCGAGGCGGAACUCGCGCAGGCCAUACCGAUCCUCGAGGACGCGAUAUCCGCGCUGAACACGCUGAAACCGUCCGACAUUACGCUGGUCAAGUCGAUGAAGAACCCGCCCGACGCCAUCAAACUGGUGAUGGCGUCGGUGUGCGUGAUUAAAGACGUCCGGCCCGACAGGAUCCCCGAUCCGAGUACCGGGAGGAAAACGUUCGAUUAUUGGGGACCGAGCAAGCGGAUCCUCGGCGACAUGAACUUCCUCCAAAGUCUGAAAGACUUCGACAAGGACCGCAUCAGGCCGGAGAUCAUGGUGAAAAUACGCAAGGAGUAUCUGCCGCACAAGGACUUUAAACCCCAAGUGGUGGCGAAAGCGUCGAGCGCCGCGGAGGGUCUGUGCAAGUGGAUCAUCGCGAUGGACAUGUACGACAGGGUGGCGAAGGAGGUGGCCCCGAAAAAGGAGAAGCUGAACAAGGCGGAGAAGGAGUACGGCCAGACGGUGGCCGUGCUAAACGAGAAGAAGGAGGAAGUGGCGAGGAUCGAGGAGAAGCUGGCGACGUUGAACGAGACGCUGAGGGCGGCGAACGCGAAACAGACGAGACUGCAGACGGAAGUGGACGCGUGCGCCGCGAAACUCGAGAGGGCGCAGAAAUUGAUGGACCGACUAAGCGGGGAGAAGGAGAAAUGGACGAGAGCCUCUUCGGAGCUUCGACGCCGAUACGACCUCCUGCCGGGCGAUCUGGUGCUGUCUUGCGCGGCCGUGGCGUACCUGGGAUCGUCGGAUGCCGACGCCAGGAAGCGCGUCCUGGAUAAUUGGCACCGCUACGUGACGGAAUCGGGGAUCCCGUGCUCGGAAGACUUCGAUAUGGUCGAGGUCCUCGCCCGAGACGACGAAGCGAAGUCGUGGCUAUUCGGGGACCCUUUCUUCGAACAGAACGCCGUCAUCCACAAGCACUCGCGCCACUUUUGCGUAUCGCUCGACCCGCAGGGCGUGGCGCACGCGUGGAUCGCGCGCACGGUAGGCGCGAACGAUCUGACCCCGACCAAAUUCAGCCACGACGAUUGGCUGACGAAACUCAAACGAAACGCCGUGGCGGGAAAAUCGACGCUGAUCGGCGGCGCCGACGGUACGGUACCGCCGUGCCUCUACGACCUCAUCUUCGGUCACACUUACACGGAGAACGACGAGACUUACGUUGAAAUCGACGGGGAAUCGUUGAAGCUCCACAAACGCUUCAGACUCUACGUGACCUGCGACACCACGGAGCAUCGGCUCGGCGCCGACCUGCGUAGCAGACUGAACGUCAUCAAUUUCGGCCUGACUCGACGCGCUUUGCUCGAAGACCUGCUCACGGUGACGGUAUCGUUCGAGGAGCCUACGGCGACGAUCACGUCGGACAAAAGAAACGAGUCGGAAUUGAGACGAUUGGGCGAGAAAAUUUUGGACACCGUGUGCGAGUCGGAGCCGGACAUUUUGGAGGAUCGGCGCUCGAUCGUCGAGCUCGACGAGUCGAAGGAGUUGGAGAGCAGGGCGGCUCGGAGACGUGCGGAGGCGAAGACGAUCGAAAACGCCGUCGCGGAAACGAGGUCGCGUUACGCCCGAUUGGCGGGCGCGUUGGCCGACCUAUUCCACGCCGUCGACGCGACGAAGCACCUGCACCGUUUCUACCGGUACUCGUUGGAGUGGUUCCUCGAGAAGUACCGCGGAUCCCUGCUCAACGCCGGCCGAUCGAAAGACGUGGAGCGUAGGUGCGAGAACGUUUACGCCGCGUUCGUCUGCGACGUCUACCGCGGCAUAGACAGGGGUCUGUUCGCCCGGCACAAGAUGGCGUUCAAGUUUUGGUUGGCCACGCGUGUCGCGAUAAGCAGGGGACUGUUCGACGAGGCGGACUACCGCGCCUUCGUCAAACUGCUGCUGCAGCUCCCGGAGGAGCUCGGAUCGGACCCGCCGAUCCCCUUCAAGGGAAUAAUCGAAGCCGCCGCGUCGGAUCCGCGAACGGUGCCCUGCCAGAUGGCGCGGUUCGUCGAAGACGUUCUCGGCGAGGGAUACGCGAAUCCUUCGAUCCACACGAUCCGAGACGUGUACGUAGAAUCCCACCCCCGGUCGCCGAUACUGAUGAUCUCGACGCGAGGGCGCGACGCGUUGCGCUCGACGCGCCAUCUGGCGGCCGCGAAGAACAUGCUGCACAAGUUCCGUUCGAUGAGUAUGGGCGGCGACGACGGCGCCGUCGACGCGCUCCUCGCCGCCGGUCGCAGCGAAGGUUUCUGGAUUUUGCUCGAAAAUUGCCAUCUCGCCCGGCGCUGGCUCGAUCGCCUCGACCAGACCUGGGGCACCCGAGACGACGAAGUCCACGAGAACUUCCGACUGUUCCUCUCGGCGAACGAGGACGCCGACUUACCCGCGAGUCUGAUCCGGGACUCGGUCAAGAUCGUCGACGACACUCCCGAUACCCGAAAAGCCGGCUUGCUCGACGCGUACCGCGACGUCCCCGUCGUCGCCGACGAUUUCUUCUACGGAUGUCCAGGCAAGCAGGACCGAUUCGCCCGCACUCUGUACCGUAUCUGCGAGUUCCAUUGGGCCCUGCGCUCUCGCCAGAUGUUCGAAGAGCGGCGAGAAAUGUACGCGUUCACCACCCCCGAUCGGACAUUCGCGUUGGAGCAGCUGCGGACCUUUGUCAACGACGAUGACGACGCCUUGUUUUCGAAGAAACUGACGUUCUUUAUUGGCGAGUGCCAGUACGCGGGGUACCUGGAGUCGCGAUGGGAUCGACGUUUCGCGACCGAGAUGUUUGCCAGCUGCGUGGCGACGGGGGCGAAGCAAGAACCGUGGAAGCACGACAGGGAGGACCACGUGAAACACGUGCUAGGAAUCCCGGACAGCGAACGGUACCUGGAGCCCAACUUGAAGACGUGGGCGCGGUCGCUGAUGAAGUUAAACCCCGCCCCCCGGAGCCGGUUAGACGAAGCCUCGUUGUCCCGCAUCGUGGAAGACGUUUCCGCCGUAAUUCCCGAGGACAUCGUCGCCGAGGAGUGGAAUUUCGGCGACGCGAUCGUCAGGGAAACGCGUCUCUACAACCGAUUACUAAACGUGGCGAGAUCGUCCCUGGACGACCUGCGACGGUGGUUAGACGGACGGCUCUUGGGGUCGGAGAACGUGGAGAGCGUCGCCGAGAGUCUGGCCGAGAACCAGGUGCCGCUGGCGUGGAGACGCAGCUGCUACGCCACCGACGUCAACCUGCCGACGUUCUUGAAGCAUCUGAGAGACGGCGCGGAGUUUUUUAGAACUUUCAACGCGCGCACCCGACCCUGCUACAACCUGGGGGCAUUUUUUUACCCGCGAGCGGUGAUAGCGGACGUCAAGUUGAAAUAUUCGAGAGACACCGGCGUCGAAUACGAACGGGUAGCGGUGGAAUGCGAGCUCGGCGCCGUCGACGACGGCGUCGUCGUCGUGGGUUUGCACUUGGUGGGCGCGCGGAUCGACCCCGAGCGCGGCGCGUUGAUCGAGCUGCCGGGACGGUAUUGGGAAAUGCCGCCGGUGACGUUUAGACCGACGGCGGGGGCCGAGAAAUUCGAGUGCUUCGUUUUUCGGACGGCGACCUCUAGGGGCGGGUCGGGGAAUUACGUAACGUCGGUGCUGAUGCGGUCGGAGGAGGAGGCGGGCCAUUGGGUCAGGCGCGGGGUGCGUUGCGUUUGCGACGCGCCUCGUUGACGUUUCAGGGGCAACGUUGCCGUUUUUUGUUCGGUUACGCCAUUGACGAUUAUUAAGCGUAGCAAUAUGACUUAAAAUUGAUGAAUAGUGCUAACUUAACUUGUGCCUUUGGGCUGCUCAGUUGAAUGCGGGAAGGGCGUGGGCGUGGAUAAUGGAAGUUGGAAAAAAAGACAAGCCCACCUUCCCGAUGUUUUAACCGCGGCGACUGAUGAUAUUUUGCUGAUCCCGUCGAAAUCCAUAAUCGACUGGGGGGUAUUAAUGAAAAAGUAAGAGGGAAGACGGCAAAAUAAUAAUAAUAGCAAAGGUAAUAAGAGUUAAAAUAUCAAAUUUCAUACUGUCAAAAGCAAUUGGAGUUUUUAAAGUAAAAAAAAGGAGGGACAGUAAAAAGUACGGCAUAUAAUAGAUGAAAAUAGCUAUCGAAAACCGCACCUGAGCGAAGAGAUUCUUCAGCCCACAAAUUGGAAGUAAAAUAUACGUGCAGGUAUUUUAAAAGUGGCCACUUAACAAUUAAUAUCAAAUAAAGAUAAAAAUAACCACUUAACUAAAGGUAUCCUCGCUUAAGAUUCUGAUAGAAACGUCAAACUUGUGUGGUUUUCGUUUAACCAAGGGGUCCACAAUAAUUCCAGCAAUGCGCCCAGAAAUUCGCCUCGUGGUAAAUCACAACAGAAAGAUAUGAAUUAUUCUUGGCUAUACGCUAAAAUUGGAGCGGCAGUAUCAGCGUUCGAUUAUAAAUUUUAAAGAAAAAAUGAAGCGAGAAGAUAAUAAUUACAGUUUUCGGUACCAAAAACGAAACUGUGACGCGGAAUGAAGGCAAUACGACACAAAAGAUAUGUACCGAGAUUGGCAACGAUAGAAAAUCAAGGCAAUAUCUAAGACAGCAGAGGGUCACCCAAUAUACCAAAUCAAUUACAGCACUUUUUACUGUCGAUGGCUUACGCCCUACAAGAUUAUGAUGGAUAUAAAACUGCAACCGAUAUGUCAAUAAUGGCUACCUCAGAAUUGCAACGCAAAAAAGAAUUAUUAAUACAAUAAAAAAAUAAAUAAAAAAACUAAAAAAAUAAAAUAAAUACCGAAUUGCUAGUUGAACCUUCUUCGAAGAGAGCAGUGAAAGAACGACAACUAGCGAAAAACUUUAUCCAGUCUCUUCACAACGAUAAUUCAUUAGGUUAGGUUAAUUUAGGGUUAAUUAACGUUUGACUACGUACCUGAUUUCGAUGUCCGGGUUAAGAGCGUCACAAGGAAUUUUACAAACGCAUCGC